CGGCAACUUGUAGUUAUUCUAUUGAAAAGUCUUUCUCUUCCUCAUUGCCUCCACAACUCUCAUCACCAACCAACCCUAUAUAUAUAUAUAUAGAGAGAGAGAGAGAGGCCUUAGUGUUUACUCCAUUUGUACCACAAUUCAUACUUAUUUUUCAUUCAUCAUUUUUGCUUUCUAGAUAACCAUAAAAACAUCAAAGGAAGAAAAGAAAAGAGAAUCAACUCAAAUGGCAAACCUCAUUUUGGUUCUAAGUCUGCUAGUCUCUUGCACAAUGGCCAUUGCUUUUGAGCCCAGUCCCUUGCAAGAUUUUUGUGUUGCUGAUCCUACUAGCUCAGCAAGAGUAAAUGGCCUGGCAUGCAUGGAUGCUAAGUUUGUAGAGGCCAAACAUUUCUUCUUCAGUGGGCUUCAUGUUGCUGGCAAUACAUCUAACAAGUUUGGCUUCAGCAUUGCCCCUGUCACUGUGGCUCAACUUCCUGGAUUGAACACUCUCGGAUUAACAAUGGUUCGAUUUGACUAUGCACCUUCUGGUAUUGUCCCUCCUCACAGUCACCCCCGUGCCACCGAGAUCAUAACAGUUCUUAAAGGAACCAUUGAAGUUGGCUUUGUCACCUCUAACCCCGACAACCGACUCAUCUCCAAGGUUCUCCAUAUGGGUGAUGUGUUUGUCUUUCCUGUCGGACUCAUUCACUUCCAAAGAAAUGUUGGAUGGGAAAAUGCUAUUUCGAUUUCUGCUCUUAGCAGCCAAAACCCUGGACUUGUUUUCGCGAGUGGUGCUGUUUUCGGAUCAAACCCGCCUAUGCCUGUUGAUUUGGUCGCUAAAGCAUUCCAGAUUGACAAGGGCGUAGUCUACUACCUUCAAACCAUUUUUUAGAUGAGUAAAAGGAUUGAAAAGGAUAUUAUGUUCGUUUGGUUAAUGCAUUUGAGUGUCUCUGAAUUCUCUUUUUUAAUCUUUAUUUUCUGUUGGACACAUUGUUGGUUUUAGAAUUUUUUAGAGGGACAAACUUGUAAUUUAGACAUGCCAAAAAAG